CUGUUGACUUCUUAUGCGUUUUGCGUGCGUUUAUGUGUGUCUUCGGGGUUUCCGGCAAGCGAUCCUCUACUGAAGGAACCGCUUCUGAAUGGCCGUCCGCAGUAUUCCAUUUUCACUAGAAUGCCAUGUCAAAAACGAAAAAUGCAAUCUACUGAACCUGAAGAUAAUAAGAAACAGGUGGCCCCGAGUCUGACCGCGUCCGAGAAGCCUGGCCGAACACCCCUGCGGCCCACGAGGUCCCAAAGGUUAGGAGCGCCACAGAAGAAAGUUUCCGUUAAGUCCAAAAGAAAAUCUUCAACACAGCUAAGAGAUGAUGUGGAAAACCCGCCUCGUCGCUCGUCUAGACUGAAAACGCCUUCAAAUAAGGUGACCGGUGUGAAAAGGAGAAAAACAUCAAUCAAAUCUGCAGUGGCGAAGGAACCAGGCUCCAAAAUCAGUAUUAAAGCUUCAAACAAAGACGGGGAUAAAUUGUGUCUGACUUCACCUGUCCUUAAAAAAGGAAGCAAGAAAUAUUCUUCAAGAGUGAAGAAGGAUAAAUGUCAGUCUCCGCUUUCGGAAGCAGCUUGCACGGUGUCGGCAGUGAUGUACCCUGUAUUAAUAGAGCACAGCUAUGGUCAGCCUCCUGAUUCGCACAGUGAAGAAACAACACUGCCAGACAAAAACAAAGCUGGAGGAAUCACCCAUUUUGGUCUUGAUCUGAAUGAUGAUCAUGAUGCUGCAGUGUUUCAUUCAGUGACCCAAGUGAGUCAGUCUUCUGAGGCUAAAACAACAAAAACUAUAUCACUCGAGGAACAGGAAGAACUCUCCGCUGACCCCAUUGGGAAAAUCACUGUAAAUUUAGAUGCUGGAGUAGGUGUGAUGAGAGAGCCUCCCCUACAAACAUUUUCUAAUGCCGUUCAAGAAACUAGCUUGAACAAGCGUGAGUUAAAUAGUGAAAACAUCUCGGAUAUUGAUGCAUUUGCCAUGGUGAAUACGUAUUUUCUACAGGAUACUCUACAGAAUCUGGUGGUCUGUGACGCUCCUGGCAUGACGCAGGGCUCUCCGACCUCAGAAACACUGGACGAUAUUGAGAUUGAACACUGUGUGGUUGAGAUUGAAACGUUGGACGACGUCCCUGGUGACCUCAGUGCCUUAGACAAUAACGAGCUGCCCUGCCAGGACUUGCAGGAAUCGACAGGACUCGAAGAAACCAGCAAAGCUGUGGUAUGCAAGGAGAGUACAUCACCUCCUUCUCUUCCACAAGACAGUGCAAAAGACACCACACAAGGUUCCCUCGCACAGGCCAGUGCAGAACCGCCCAAAAAGCAAGCAAUGAACCCUCAGGCCAGAACCAAGGCUCGGCUGGCAGCAAUGGCUAGGGAGAGAGCAGCUGCUGCAAAGAGGCCACCCCCCAAGCAGCUCAACCUCCUAGCUCUGUGUGAGGAAAUCGCAGACGACAUCGCGUCUGACACGGCGGCAGCGAAAGAAGAGAAUACAGAAGAAAGCAUUCAAUCCAGCGAGAUGAUUCCGAGUAAAAACGAGGUAGAGAAUGCGACAGUUCCCACCGUUUCCAGUGACCUGCCCAUCCCAGAAAGCCUCACCGAGGAGACAUCGGAACCCAAGGCACACGAGAGUACGCCCAAGAAACGCUUUUUCCUCAGCCAAGUGUCCGUCCCCCUUAAAACCCAAGAGAAAAAGAAGCUGUCCCGAUUCCAGAAACUGAGGCAGGUUGAGCUGCAGAGGGACAAACUGACAUGGACGCGUGUUAAAAAACUGAAAUCGGAUCAGGCUAGUCAGGACGACGCGAAAGACUCCACAGAGACUUCACCCGUUUCAGUAUCGACCUGUCAAGCGAGCCCUCCUCCUCCCCCUCCUCCUCCUCAUUCUCCUCCUCAUUCUCCCACACCACUUGCUCCAGCAAACUUGUUAAAAGUGGGAUCGAGCGAGUGCAAGAGGACACUCCCGGCCGUGGCGCCACCCAUGCCCAAUGGUAUUACCAGUUUAAAGCCUAGGCCUGUUGUGGAGUAUAAGCCAUAUAAUCCCAGACCAAAAUACUCACCAGAUGACUUUGAGCUGGAUGAGCCAGGUGAAGAUACUAGCAAGCCAGCCGUUCCCAAACAGGAGGGCAGAAUGGAACAACCCUCAUCUUUGGCUGUAGAGUCCUCUAGAACACCGGGAAAGCACAUAUGCAGCAAGACCCCUACAGCGUCGACAGGUAUCAAGUCCUCUAACCAGCAAGACGGGUCUCCUACGACACCAACGGAAAAUUCAGAAGGCAAAAACAGGGGCAGCUGUGGCAGUGGGUCAGACGCAGAGCUUAGGAAUGAGGUUACGGAUAAUUUAAGGGCUGCAAGCCUCGAAGGAGAGCAAAAAACCCCCGAGAAGAACCAGAACGCAUUUGGAGCCACGACUUGCAAUGUGUGUGGGAUGCUGUAUUCUCCUUCCACCACCGAGGAUGAGACCCAGCACCUGCUCUUCCACAACCAGUUCAUCAGUGCCGUCAGAUAUGUGGGUUGGAAGAAGGAGAGGAUUUUAGGGGAAUACCCAGAUGGCAAGAUUAUACUUGUUCUCCCAGAUGACCCUAAAUACGCACUGAAAAAGGUGGAGGAGAUAAGAGAAAUGGUGGACAAUGAUCUGGGAUUCCAGCAAGUGGAGACUAAGGUCCCUUCCCAGACCAAAACCUUCCUCUUCAUUUCAAAUGACAAGAAGGUGACUGGGUGUCUGAUCGCUGAACACAUUCAGGAGGGUUACAGGGUGAUCGAAGAGCCAGUGCCAGAAGGAUCCGAGAGGGAGAAGGUGAUGUUUGAGCGCCAGAGGGCCUGGUGCUGCUCUACUGUUCCAGAGCCAGCAGUUUGUGGGAUCAGUCGCAUUUGGGUUUUCAGCAUGAUGAGGAGGAGAGGCAUUGCAUCACGAAUGAUCGAGUGUCUCAGGAACAAUUUCAUCUAUGGGUCGCAUUUAAGCAAAGAUGAGAUCGCUUUCUCAGACCCGACACCUGACGGCAAGCUUUUUGCUACUCAUUACUGUGGAACCUCACAGUUUCUGGUGUACAACUUCAUCAGUGGGACACGUUCAAACUGACGACACUCAUAAACGGACCCAGCACUUUCACAAAGUCCCUCCCCUCGAAUAUUACAGCAAUUUUAGAGGAACAAUGUCAACCGUUGCAUCCAAACACAAAAUGGACCCAAGAAAACGGAGCUACACCUGGGAAGAUUUUAGCAGCUUUUACUAAUAAGAGGCACGGGCUUAUCGUUGGCGAGCUUCUUUUAAAAAGAAUGUUGAUCAUGUCGGAUACUUAUUUUUAAAAAUACAUAUCCUAAUAUAAUUUCA